CAGACGCAAAUUGUUGAAAGUGCAUUUAUUUAUUGUGUGUGAUCCUUUGCCAUUAAUAAUAUGAGUAUGAUAUAAAACUGUGCAUUUGCGUAAGGUUUCGUAGUAAUACAACAAGCAAGUUAAGUGCAGAGAAUGAACGAUUCAGAAGAAUGCUGUUCUGACCUACAAACUUCAGUGAGUUUUCCGAAACAUUUUCUUACAACUUUUUCCAGCGACAGUAGUGCAUCAGGGAAAUAUGUCGAAAUUGAUCUAGAUGUUACUGACGACAGCAUACCGAUUUCGCUUGGUAAGAAAGUGAAACAGAUAGAAUUUAUAUCUUGUAAUAAAGAGGACAGUUUGUUAAAAUCUCAUGGAACUGGACGAAAAAGAAACUUUAUUGACCUAUCAGGGGAGGAUACUCUGGAAGACGGGGAAUCUGACGUUGAACAUGUCGAAUGUACGAUGCCGAAGACCAGACGUUUGAGUGAUUCCAUUGAUAAUUUCACAGCUGCUGAUUCGGGAUUUCCCAUUUUCCCUAUAGAUAAUUGUCUGAAAAGUGUCCAGACACCAUACUGUAUUGUAUUCCCUUCAAUCAGUUUGUCGACCUGUUCGGAAUCGACCAGAGAUGGGGAGAGGCAGAUGGUGUUUUCCAACAUCCAGAACCUGUCUCAAGAAGAAUGUGUUAAUGAAUUGAGAUCAACUUUUCACAUAUCAAAUAACCCAGCAUCUACAGCAAGGUUUACAAAUGAUGUUUUAGACAUCAGCAAUAAAUAUGAAUACAUUGAUGCGGAGAAUAUUAGAAAUGACAGUGAGAAUUCCAAUGGAUCAGAAAGACAUUCUGUUUCGGACUUUAUUCCAUCUCACACAGAAUCGUAUAGUCCGCUUGAACGUUUGCCAGUUGAUGAUAGCCCAGACUUGAAAGCCUCUGUUGGGUCAUCACAAGAACGAGCCAGUCCAGUAGUGGAUAUUAAUGCAGUGAACACCAGCAGCUCCCUGUCUACAGUGAACACAGAUACACUGAUGACUGUCUCCUCAGAGACUGGGUCUCAGCAAAGAGAAACAUCUACUACUCUGUCAGGUGGAAUUGUUGGUACACAGGUCAUUUAUAACCCUCAUCCUAGAACAGGCCAGCUGGUGUUUGCGGAAAACUUAAGUUUUCAAUCUUCUAGUCUUCUACAACCAAAAUACUCUUUGCUGUCAAACUCUCAAAAUAGAAUGUCAUUUACUCCCUCGAUGAUGGUGAAGCCACAGCUGGUCAGUGUAAACAGUAGUGGUGAAGACACCAGUGGUGAAAUAAGCAGCAAAACGCCACCAGCAGCACACACCAAUGCUCAGGAAGAAGGCCUGCUACCUCAUUGUCUGAUUAGUUCUCCCAAACAAAGAUCAAGCAGUGCAGAAUCAAGCUAUGAUGAAGUACAUGGAAGAGAAAGUCACAACAUUAAAGAACGCAAGAGAAGAGCAAGAAUCAAGGAAGCAUGUGACUUGAUGAGAUUUCUUGUGCCUGGCAUGACCGAUAAGACUGAUAAAGCUACGGUGUUUGAAUUUGGAGCAAGAUACAUUCAUUUUCUAAAGUCGUAUGUCGGCAGCAGCAAUGAUAAGGAUUUUCUCAUCAAAUACAGCCCAUACUACUGAAGACAGGAAUCCUCUUGAUGAACCCAGUGAAAUGUAUGAAGUGGACUUCAACAGUCAUUGCCCUUGUGCAGACAAAAAGUCCUCCUAACUCUUCUUACCAGGCAUUGUGUGUUAGCAGUUUCUAUACUUCUAUCAGUAUAGCAAAUUCUGCACAGAACAGGGAAAGGAGUUCACUAUCAGGCAAUUGUUCAAAAUAACUUCUAAUAAUAUUAUAUUAGCAAACAAAUUUUUACUCUGUAUAGUUAAUUGAAAGAAUGUUUGCCUAAUGCCUACUCUGUUUGAAACCCAAGUGUAUGUCCAUUACAUCCACAUGACAAAUAUACAAGGGACAGUCAAGGAAGGAAAUGUUUUAUUUAACAAUGCACUGAACACAUUUUAUUUACGGUUAUAAGGCGUCGUACAUAUGAUUAAGGACCACACAGAUAUUGAGAGAGGAAACCCGCUGUCGCC